AUGGCCUAUGUUAGACUACUCCUCUCUAUUGCAGCCAUCAUACAUUGGUCUCUGCACCAACUUGACAUUAAAAAUGUUUUUUUGCAUGGUGAUCUUGAAGAAGAAAUGUGUAUGGAGCAACCACAUGGGUUUGUUGCUCAAGGGGAGUCCUCUGCCAUGGUUUGUCGACUUCAGAAGUCUCUCUAUGGUCUUAAACAGUUUCCUCGAGCUUGGUUUGACAGAUUUUGCACAGUAGUGCAACAUUUUGGAUGUUUGUUUCCAAGAGGUAUGGACUCUUCUCAACUCAAGGCAUCAACUAGUUAUUUUCAGUUACCUAUUAUUCUUGUUUUUGUUAUCUUUAAGGUGCUGAGGAAAUCUAGGACUUUGUUUAAUGCUGGAACUAGUGACAUAAGGAUUAGCCACGGCUUUAACCGUGGCUUAUUCACGGAUUCAAAUUUUUUAGCGAUGUUUAGCUAUGGACAAAGCGCGGCAAAAGGAGUUGUGAAAGAGGCAUACAAAUUGAUACCAAGCUUAAUGUGA